AUGACUCGCUUUCGAGGAUGUAUUGAUAUCCACGCUGGCCAGGUGAAACAAAUUGUUGGUGGCACCCUCAAGCAGGACGACACCACCCACGAUUCCACCACCACAGAAAACUUUGUUUCCACCCAGCCGCUGUCAUACUACGCGAAUCUCUACAAACAGAACCACGUCGAAGGGUGCCAUGUGAUCAAGCUUGGAUCGAACCCAGCCAAUGAUGCUGCGGCCAAGGAAGCCUGUGCCGCUUGGCCCGGUCACCUCCAGGUGGGCGGCGGUAUUAACAUCGACAACGCUAUCCAAUGGUUGGACGAAUACAAGGCGAGUCACGUUAUCUUGACGCUGGCGCUCUUUACCAAUAACGAGUUUGACUGGGACAAACUCAAACAGGUGUCGGCUAAAGUGGGCAAGAACCGCUUAAUCGUCGAUUUGAGUUGUCGCACGGUCGAAUCCGGAUGGGCCGUAGCCAUCAAUAAAUGGCAGACAAUCACGUCGACGAUGAUCACGCCGGAAUUCCUUGCCGACGUGGCUCAAUACUGUGACGAAUUCUUAAUCCAUGCUGCCGAUGUCGAAGGGUUAUGUCGCGGUAUUGAUGAGACGUUGGUGACGAAAUUGGGCGAGUGGUGUCCGGAAGGGUUUGCCGGUAAAAUCGUCUACGCUGGUGGCGCCAACAGCGUUGACAAUCUUGCCACCGUGGACCGGCUAAGUCAGGGUAAAGUUGAUCUUACCUACGGGUCGGCACUUGACAUUUUUGGCGGUAAACUCGUCAAGUUCGCCGAUGUGGUGGCGUGGAACCAGUCUCAAUAA